CGGGCGGCAGCGACCCCUCCCCCGCCUGCUCACGAGAGCCGCAGUGCCGCGCGCCGCGUGGAGGGGUAACCCGCCCCGGAACCGACGUGAGCCGCCCCGGGGCGGGGUUGGUGCAGGCGGUUGAGGGAUCCCCGAUUCCGGCGGGCGCGUCCUACGCGCACCUCGCGCGCCCGCCCCGCGCGCCCCGCGUCCCGAGCCCCGAGCUCCGAGCCUCUCGCGCGCGGCGGAUUCGGCGCCGCCUCGGUCAGAGCCGAGCCUCCGGCUCCACGGAGCAGCCGCCUCCUCCGCCAGCCCGCGUCCACAGGCGUCCCGCCCCCUAGCCCGGCCCCGGCCCGGCCCGGCGUCGCCUCCCGCCUCCGCGCUCCUCCCGCCCGCUCCGCGCUCCUGGCCGCAGACGGUGCCCGGCGCCCCGGCAGGGCGGCGGCGGCUCCAGCAUGAACCUGGGCGCGGGGCACAGCGGCGGCUGGGGCCGCGGGCAGGACAGCGGGGACGAGCCGCCCCCGCCGCCGCCGCCGCCCCCUCCGCCCCCGCCGCCGCCGCCGCCCGGGGAGCCCGCCCGGGCCCCCGCCGCCCCGCGGUACCUGCCGCCGCUGCCCAAGCUCCCCGCGAUCCCGGCCGAGCGCGCCGCGGGGCCCGCUGAGCCGCCGCCGCCGCCGGGGGAGGUGGCCUCGCGGUGCAGGGGCGCGGACGAGCCGCCGCCGCCACCCCAGCUGCCCGCCGGCCAGGACGGAUCGGCCGCGGGCGACUCGGACGCGGGUCCCGGGCGCCACCCGGACGCGGCCGUCCCCGAGGCGGCGGCGACGGGCAAGGGCGGCCCCGGGGUGCCCGAGGCCAGCGCGGGCGCGGAGGGUCAGCGGCGGGCCGGCGACCAGCCCGAGACGCGCUCCGUGUGCAGUAGCCGCAGUAGCAGCAGCGGCGGCGGCGACAGGCGCGCCGGACACCAGCACCAGCACCAUCAGCCCAUCUGCAAGAUCUGCUUCCAGGGCGCCGAGCAGGGUGAGCUGUUAAACCCCUGCCGGUGUGAUGGGUCCGUUCGGUACACACAUCAGCUGUGUCUGCUAAAGUGGAUCAGUGAGCGAGGCUCUUGGACCUGUGAGCUUUGCUGCUAUAGAUACCACGUCAUAGCCAUUAAAAUGAAACAACCUUGCCAGUGGCAAAGCAUUUCUAUAACACUGGUUGAGAAAGUUCAGAUGAUUGCUGUAAUCCUAGGAUCCCUGUUCUUAAUAGCGAGUGUGACCUGGCUUCUCUGGUCAGCCUUCAGCCCCUAUGCAGUGUGGCAGAGGAAGGACAUCCUUUUUCAAAUCUGCUAUGGAAUGUAUGGUUUUAUGGAUCUAGUGUGCAUAGGUCUCAUUGUCCACGAAGGAGCUGCAGUUUACAGGGUGUUUAAGCGCUGGCGAGCCGUCAAUUUGCACUGGGAUGUGUUAAACUACGACAAAGCCACCGACAUCGAAGAAAGUAGCCGGGGAGAGUCUUCCACAAGCAGGACUUUAUGGUUGCCCUUGACGGCUCUGCGGAACAGAAACUUGGUCCACCCGACUCAGCUGACCUCCCCGAGGUUUCAGUGUGGCUAUGUGCUACUCCACCUGUUCAAUCGGAUAAGGCCCCACGAAGAUCUGUCAGAAGAUAACAGCUCGGGGGAGAUGGUGAUGAGAGUGACCUCGGUGUGACAAGCGUAUACAGCGACACAGUGUGGACUGACCACCCGGCACAUUUUGGAAUGUAAUUGCAAUGAAUGGUGAAACCAUAGCACUUCUACAAAACAUACAUCUAUGAACUUUUUAAAAUUUAUGCUUUUUAUAUGAACAUUUGAAUUGCAAAUACAUUUUUCUGAAAAACGA